AUGGAGCCCGUCGUCGAAAUAGGAAGCCCCUUCAAGACCAAGAGAGAUAAAAAUGGUAAUUUGAGGCCAGAAAUAACAGCACCAGGCGUUAGUGGAGUAUUUCGCCAGAAAUCAUUUGGGGCAUGCGACCGUCAAUUAUCGGCAUUGUCGUCGUAUGUACGAGCCGCGUGCUCUUUGAACAACACAGCCGGUAACAUCGGAAAUUUAUUCACACGCAAAAUGGCGGCCAGUGCAAAUACUUCGUGUCCGUGGCCCAAUAGUCAAGAACACUAUGAUUUACGAGAUGUCAUCGGCGUUGGUGCAACAGCUGUUGUUUAUUCAGCAUUUUGUAAGCCAAGAGGAGAAAAAUGUGCCAUUAAAAGAAUUAACUUAGAAAAAUGGAAUACAUCUAUGGAUGAACUCCUCAAAGAAAUUCAAGCUAUGUCCAGCUGUAAUCACCUUAAUGUAGUAACAUACUACACUAGUUUUGUAGUCAAUGAUGAGUUAUGGCUAGUUUUGAAGUUAUUAGAAGGCGGCAGUCUGCUAGAUGUGAUAAAACAUAAGAUGCGUGUGUCAAACUGCAAACAUGGUGUAUUUGAUGAAGCCACUAUUGCCACUGUACUAAAGGAAGUUCUCAAAGGGCUUGAGUAUUUCCAUAGCAACGGACAAAUUCACAGGGACAUAAAGGCCGGUAACAUAUUGCUGGGUGAAGAUGGUGCGGUGCAAAUAGCGGAUUUCGGUGUGUCAGCGUGGCUCGCGACCGGCAGGGACUUGUCCAGGCAGAAAGUGAGACACACGUUCGUUGGUACACCGUGUUGGAUGGCGCCCGAGGUUAUGGAACAGGACCAUGGCUACGAUUUUAAAGCAGAUAUAUGGUCGUUUGGUAUCACUGCAAUUGAAAUGGCGACUGGUACCGCGCCUUAUCAUAAAUACCCACCGAUGAAAGUGUUAAUGUUGACGUUACAAAACGACCCACCUAAUUUGGAUACAGGGGCCGAUGAAAAAGAACAGUACAAAGUGUACGGUAAAACCUUUAGAAAAAUGAUAGUGGACUGUCUUCAAAAGGACCCAUCCAAAAGGCCAACUGCAACAGAGCUAUUGAAACAUCCAUUUUUCAAGAAAGCCAAAGAUAAGAAGUAUCUCACACAAACUCUAGUCGCCAUCGGACCCAGUAUGGAAACUAGGGUUCACAAGGCAAGCAAACGCCAACCGGGUGCGUCUGGCCGUCUACAUCGCACUGUGACCGGUGAGUGGGUGUGGAGUGAAGAAGAGGAUGAGGGCGAAACCCCCGGGUCCGAUGAGGAAGCCCCCGACAAACGGCCCAUGAACGAGUUGCAACGUGCCGAUUCGAGUGGCAGUGAUAAUGAUGAGGAGCCGGUGCAAAAGGAAACUCGUCAGCCUCCACCUGUAACUCAAGUCCCGCCAGAGCCGGCUGUUAUUAACUUAGUUUUAAGGCUAAGGAACAAUCGUAAAGAGUUGAACGACAUUCGCUUCGAGUUCAUCACCGGUAAGGACACACCCGAGGGUAUAGCCAGCGAGCUGGUGGGUGCUGGUCUUGUGGACCCCCAGGAUUCGGUGCCGAUAUCCACCAACCUGGCUCAACUCCUGGCUGCCCAGAAACUGCCACAGAGCGUGAAGACUGUCACAUUCCACCUGAACUCAACCGGACCUAACGAACAAUUCGACGACAAAACUCUAAUAGGCUUUGCGCAGAUAUCAAUUGUAGACUUAGGU